AUGCCUCUGGGCCUUUUCGGCUCUACUUCAAAACCGCAACCUUUGACAAGCAUUGAUAGUGGUGGAUACAAAGAGAAGAAGGAAGGUCUUGAAAAAGAUGGUCGUGGCACCGUACUUCGCUUGGAAAAGAACACUGUCACUAUCGAAAAGAAGCUCGCCGAAGGAGGAUUCGCGAUCGUUUAUCUAGUUACUGACAAAAAUAAUCGGAAGUAUGCGCUUAAGCGUCAAUUCAUCAAUGACGAUAACAAACAAGUGGACGCAUGCCGAAGGGAAUUCCAAAUCAUUAGUAGUUUGAAAGGGCACAAGAAUAUUGUCAGCUAUGUGGAUCACAUUCUCACCAAAAAUAAGUCUGGCAUCUACGAUUACAUGCUCUUAACGGCUUAUUAUAAAACAAGCGUCUUACAAUUAAUGAACGAUCGCCUUUUGCUUGGGCAAAGCCUUCGUAGUAGCGAAGUGCUUUCCAUCUUCUGUGACAUGUGUGAAGCUGUUGCGAGGCUGCAUCAUUCCGUGACGCCUAUAAUUCACCGUGAUUUGAAGGUUGAAAACAUUCUCGUAGAUGAACGAAAUCGUGCAGCACCUCCAAUCUAUGUUCUUUGUGAUUUUGGAAGCGCAACAACAAAAGUCCUAUCGAGCAACAAUUAUUCAAUAAGUUUCAUCCAAGACGAGAUAGAAAAGUAUACAACGCUUAGCUACAGAUCACCCGAAAUGAUUGACCUAUACUGUGGGAAGCCAAUCGGAACAAAAGCUGACACAUGGGCAAUGGGAGUAAUGCUCUACAAGUUGUGCUACUUUUGCCUUCCGUUUGGGGAAUCUGCAAUGGCGAUCCAGAAUGGAGCGUUCUCAUUUCCAAGCGAACCGCAACAUCCGGACUCUUUGAAAGCUAUAAUAAAAUGUCUUCUGAAUGCUGAUGUGGAUAGAAGACCAUCAAUAUAUCAGUGCUCAGUGCUGGCUUUCUCCGCUGCAGAUCGUGCCUGCCCUGUUAGGAAUGUUCGAAAUUGUCGAAAGCCGUCACUUAGUGCAGCUGUGCAGUCUUUCCUUUCGGGUAGUCUGUAUUCGUUUGGUGACGAGCUGAAGAAUGAACACAGUAAUGCAGUACCUCCACCAGAGUACCAUGAAGAGCAAGCAGAACUUAUCGUCUCACUUGCUCCCGACAAACCGUCCAAUGAUCCAGCUAUGCAAACAACCUCGGUUCAACCUCGCCUUCGUCCGAAACCGAUUAGCAGUACUCCAGUAGUUCCGUUUGUGCUCUCAAAUACGAAAGUGUUGCCUCGAGACAACUUCAUCGUCCCACCUGAAGAAGCUGGUGGAAGUGCGGAAGCUCGAGAC